AUGCAUGGUCCAAUGGAUACAAUGUCCUGGUUUUCUAAUCUUGGGGUGGAACUGAAGAUUGAGGAUGAUGGAAGGGUAUUUCCUGUGAGUAACAGUUCCUCUUCUAUAAUUGAUUGCCUAAUGCUUGAAGCAAAGCAGAGGGGAGUUAUCUUGCAGACUGGCAAAGCUGUUACAACUGCAUCUUCUACUGUUGGGGGGAAAUUUGUGCUCAAGAUUGAGAAACGUACCAUUGAUUUCAUAGAAUAUGUUGAAGCUGAUUAUCUAUUAAUUGCUAGUGGGAGUAGCCAGCAGGGCUAUAAUAUUGCUACCCAACUUGGUCAUUCUAUUAUCAAACCAGUACCAAGCUUAUUCACUUUCAAGAUUGAUGAUUUGCAAUUGGCAGAACUGUCUGGGGUUACAUUCUCGAAAGUUAAAGCAAAGUUGAAGUUAGAUACUGUCUCAAAGAACAUACCACAGCUGACGCAGAUUGGACCCAUGUUAGUCACACACUGGGGACUUAGUGGGCCUGUAAUUCUUCGGUUAUCUGCUUGGGGAGCCCGUGAUCUCUCCAGUUCAGAAUAUAAAGGGAUACUUCAUGUGGAUUUUAUACCUGAUCUUCAUAUUGAAGAUGUGAAGUCUGCUCUUAUUCAACACAAGCAUCAUUUUGUGAAACAAAAGGUGAUCAAUUCAUAUCCUUCAGAACUUGGCCUUGUGAAGAGAUUUUGGAAAUAUGUAUUAGAUCGUGAGGGCUUAGGUGGGGAUAUCUUGUGGGCUUCUGUUUCCCACAACUUGCUAAUGUCAGUUGCUUCUCUGUUAAAGCACUGUUCGUUUCAAGUGAAGGGAAAAGGCCAAUUUAAAGAUGAAUUUGUCACUGCUGGAGGUGUUCCAUUGUCUGAGAUCUCACUGAACACCAUGGAGAGCAGGAUACAGUCACGUCUAUUCUUUGCUGGAGAGGUGCUGAAUAUCGAUGGAGUAACUGGAGGUUUCAAUUUUCAGAAUGCUUGGUCAGGUGGAUAUAUAGCCGGGACUAGUAUCGGUAAUAUGGCAGUGGCUGAUAUUCUGAAGGAGGAAGUUUUGUCAUAG